AUGAAUACUCCACAGCGCAGAAAACGCGUCGGCUCGCCUGCUGAAGGCGACAUGAGCGGGCUGAGUGCCGGUAUUGGUGUUGAGCUCUCGAUGGAGGACAAGGAGCGGUUGAUUGAGAAUCUAGACAUUGAAGUGACGAACCACCGCCGACGGUUUGAGGCGUUUUUGGAGCAGCUGCUCGAGGGCUUUUCGCUCCGACAUGGGAUGGAAAUUUCAAGAAUUCCAAAGGCGAUACGAAAUAUGAAGAUGAAGGAUUUCGACGCGUUUGGUGGCAAUGUUCAACGGUGUGUGCAGGCCAUGGCACGACAGCGUGUCGCAGAGGCUGAUGGGGACGCGAAUGCAAAGAAGAGGAAAUGGCAGGCAGCGAUUCAGGAGGAAGAGAUCGAGCGCGCGUCAAAGACGCCGCGCGUCGCACCACCCUCUCCUGUCAAGACAUCCAAGCCCUCUUCGCAGGUGCCAAACUCUUCGCGUGCAAAGGGCUUGUUCCCUAAGACACCGACAAGGAAUAUGAACAAUGUCAAUCCAACCAAGACGGCUUUACAUGGCAGCGCACGCAAGGUCAUGCCGUCCCCUUCGAAACGCGCUGUCUCCCCUACAAAACCUCAAAACAUGCCCACUAGCUCUACUUCAUCGUUUAAACCCGCAAGUACGACAUUUAACCCUGUGCUGCCUCCCAAAACACCCACCUACCCACGACGAGUCGCGCGUGCGGAUGAAGCGGUCAUGAGCCUCAACGGGACCCCACUGAAAUUCCCAUCUGCAUUCAUGUUUCCGCGUGGAGUGGCUCCUAUUGUGGAUGAAGGCGAAGAGAGCGAGCACGACUCACACGCCAAGUCGACCGGAGUAGGGCCGGCGUUUUUGGUCCGACGAGAUCCGUCUACAGUCUCGAUGGGUUCCUCGAGCGCGUCGACAGCCGUGUCCUCUACAGGAACGCUGAUUACCAUCUCGACGAGCAAAGGACAGACUGUGCAAUUUGACCCGUUGAUGGCUAGCCCAGGGUCGUUGGAUCGGAUACCAGAUCUGACAGAAAGUGCGAAGAAACAGGUCCGUGAAGACACGGCUCGGAUCGUGCAGGCGUUGCACAAGUGGCGGUUAUAG